AUGCCUUUCUCAUUUACUCUUCCAACGACAUCUUCGUUCUCAUUCUCGUCAUACUUCGAAAGUAGCUCUCACCCCUCACUUCCACUGGCUGCGAGCACAUAUCGAGGUGUUCUGCGAGACACUCUGAAGAAGCACAAGCGCCUCAGUCCUUCGGAACAGACACCGCAUCUCUCAUCCGUACUUCUUACACUGAAUAACUAUCUUCCCUACUUACUCGCCAUCGACAAUGGUCUUGCAAGCCAACCUGUCGCAGGAGAGGAAGUAGAUGUUGUCCUGAAGUCCACUCCCACCUUGGAAUGGAGACCGACAUUAUCUGAAAAUCUGGUGCCGGGGCAAGAGACUGGACGCGUAAAGAUUAAAUCCCUGGAGUAUGAGAUCUAUUUCGUUCUACAAACUCUGGGAUACACCUACACACUACUAUCUCGGUCCUCGCUUCAUCUGCUCUACUCAUCAGCUACCGCCUCACCAAGUGCAGAGCAACGGACUCUAGCCAUCACGACGGCGACUAAGAAUCUCCUUUCCGCUGCUUCAGUACAUGAUUACAUUCCCAAACGUUCGGAUCAGAUAUCCUCAUCACCCCCUUGUGUUGACAUCUCCCAAUCCACAGCUAGCGCACUCCGCUCUCUGGCUCUAGCCGAAGCCACUCUUCUGGCUGUUCUGAAAGAUGAUCCGUAUCCAGCUAUCGUGGCUCAAAACCGGAACCAAAAUGACCGGGAUUGGAUGAUUAUGGCACCUGAGAUUCCCAAGCUCAGAGUGCACCUAUUUGCCCGUCUAUGUCUAGCGGCGUCAGAACACGCCGCCAAUGCAUCCUCUCUUCUCCAAUCUAGCUCUACUAGAGGCAAAGGCAAGAUUGAUGGAGACUUGGUGAAGUAUGUUGAGGAUUUGAGGAGGGCAGGAAGGGGAAAGGCAUGUAGAUUCUUCGGUAUUGAUGCGGAGAUGGUGGGGAAGACUGGUGAUGCUAUUGCGUGGUUGACAGCUGGUAUGAACGAGCUUGGUAUUGCCGUGAAAGAAGAUGGCAAGAAAGGACUGAGCUUCGGGAGAAUGAAGAAAGGUUGGGAGGAGAAGAGAGAGGAUAAGAGGGUUGAGAAGGGCGCUCAAUGGGGAGCUGAUGCCGGGAGGGCUGAAGAAGGAAGAGUUCUGGAAAUGCUUCAGAAGAAAUGGAAUAAGAUGAACGACACAAUUAAUACUCAAGCGAUACCACCACCAGGCCCACUCGUAGCGUCCAUGCCCUCAGGACGAGAAAUCUAUACAUUGUCGCCCUGGAACGCACCAACCCUGGACACUUCAGUAUUGGAGAACAUGCGAGCACCUCCGGAUCGAGCAGAUGAUUAUGGAAGCGAUGCUAGCUCUGACGAUGAGAAUCAGCAACAGGAUCCUGUUGGUGCCUUCCCCGGGACGAAAGGUGACUAUGCUGGCAGCGGAAGCUAUUACUGA